AUGAAGAGCGACGAUCCCAGGGAGCAGAGACUGUCUCUGGAGCGGCGGGGACAGGACAAGAAAGAGGAACUCCGAUCUAUCAUGGAACAGCACAUACAGCGGGCACGUCCGCAAGCGAACGUACCAGGAGUACUCACAGGUGCUGAUGAGAAGGAGGAUCAUUACUCUUUAAAAAGACAACGUAGCAAAGAGAUAUCCCCAUCUACAUCUGAGGAAGGAUCUCCACAGGAAAGCACUUUCCAUCCCACCCUGUGGCUCAUUGUAGACCCUAAUGUUGUAAUGCAAUGCCCAGAGGCAUCUACACCUCUUCCUCCAAAGCCUCAUAUGAUUCCUUCAAAGCCUCAUAUGAUUCCUUCCUACAAAUCCAUCAAUCGAGACAACAAGACAAGAUCUAGUGUUGAUUGUUCAACCAUUGAAGAUUCUGAUGAUGACGCCUUAACAUCCAGCAGUGAGCUGUUAACAGAAGAUGACCACUGCUUUGUCUCCAGCCCACCAUCCACUCGCAUGCAAAGAGCAUAUGGUCAAGUUGAGUACAAGAAGGGUCAAGUACAAAAAAGUCUAACUCCAUAUGCAGCUUGGCCCCGUCCUCCCUUAAAUUACUGCAACUUGAUAUCACUGGCUCUACGGAACAGUGUGGAUGGCAGUCUGAACGUACAACAAAUUUACAGCUUUGUCAGAGAGCAUUUCCCAUUCUUUCGGGUUGCUCCAGAUGGCUGGAAAAACACUGUACGACACAACCUCUGCUUCAGCAGCAGUUUUGAGAAAAGUGCUGGUUGGGUCUGUCCUGAAGGCCCACGACGUUCUUGUUUGUGGAAACUAACACGGCAAGGGAGAAGAAAGUUCAGAACAGAAAUGCAUGCUUUAUCUGAUGAGCUAUUGCACGUAUUGCGCAGAAGCAUGAAUAAACCAGCACUGAUGGAAUUGAUGUUUGGGAUGUAAAGCUCCUGUCUUGGCUGCAUUUUUAGCAGACCCUAAAUAAUUUAAAGAAUUAAUUUAAAGUCUUCCUGAAUUCAAGGACUUUUUUCUUUUAUGUGUUCUCUCACUUGUAUUGCACUUUGUUUAUCAGAUGUUCUUCACGUUAAAAUAAUAUUUAAUCUACAAUUUAUUUCCUUUUUGGUAUUUUGUAUAAAAUAUUAUG